AUGUUGUUUCUACUUCUUCCGUUUUUCCAAGUAUCCUUUUCGAAAGCUAUCACGGACACGAGAGUUUUUGACCAUGAGUUCCCAAGCUACGUUCAAAUCGUGAAUCAACGAAGAAAGGGCUUCUGCGGUGGGACCAUUCUUGAUUCAAGACAUGUUCUCUCAGCUGCUCAUUGUAACGUAACUGCUGGUCAAAUCGUCCACUAUGGAACAGCAUCAGUCGGCCCAGAAAGUGGUGAUGGCUUCGUAACAUUCGUCAGAAAAGUCAGCACGAUCGGCCAGCGACUUCAAGAGUCGAAAAUCUGGAGCAACGACAUGGCGAUUAUCAGAGUUUCUCCUCCCUUUCGAUUUGACAACGCAAAUGUUCGACCGGUGAAAUUGGGAAGCAAGAAAGAGUUCGACAAAUAUGUCGAAAAAGGGAAGAUCAAAUGCUUGUUGGUCGGGAAAGGACGAGUUUCAACAGGAGACAAUAUCAAGUACCCAAAGAAUCUUCAGAAGGGGUACCAGAUUUUUGACAAUACGAGAACUUGUGAGGGUUAUUUCAAGAGAGAAACAGAUCUACCGAACAUUCCAACAUCCGACGGCUGCUUUUUAACAGUUGGCUCUGAUGGUUCAACUGGUUGCAAGGGCGACUCUGGUGGCCCAUUGUUCUGCUUUUUGCCAGAAAAGAAGAUUUGGAAACAAUUUGGAAUCGCGAGUUUUGCUGAUAAAGACUGCGACAAGCGCACUGCUUGGUGGGCUCCUUUUGUCGCUGGCAAAUUCAUCUCAAAGGCAAGUCCCUUUGAUCGAGAAUCUUGUAAAGUCUUCACAAACCGAAGGAGUUCUCAAAUCGUGAGGGAUCAAAAUCGCAAUCCAAAUCUUCGUCGAACUUUGAGCCGUCAAAGUUUCAGCCGCGCUCGAAGAAAUCUACUCGAUCUUGCUGGUCAAGUUCUUGCCUCUCCACAGCGCAAUCAAGGAAGAACCACUUCUCAGCCUGUUUGGAGAAAUCCCUCGACAGAGAACAACCAGGACACUUACAGAAAUGUAUCGCGAUCGUACUCAAGAAGAGUGAACGAAUCCAUUGCCGAGCCACCUGAAGACGCCGAUGAUUCCGUAUUCGAGCAAUCUACAGUUCUUGAACAGACAGUUCUUGAGCCGCUGCCGAUAAUUGAGACGAACAACCAUCGCAUCGAAAUUCCGCAAAAAUUCUUGCCCCUGAAAAAUACCAAAAAGAAACAAUGA